AUGUCUAUCAACGGCUUCAUUGACGCUGGGCCUCGUCUGGAGAAUACCUGGCGCAUCGCAUUUAUCACCAGCGCCGCCGUCGACAUUGCGCUUUACACGCUAGUGCUCGUCCAGUCCGCCCGCUACCUCUGCGCUGCACGCGAACACUUGUAUACCGAUGGGAGCAAUGCUGAACAAGGCAUACAGUUACCUCAGCUUUCGUCAUCGACGAGCGAGCGAGCGAGAAGGUCAGGACCCGCAGCCGUUCUCGACACAUCCGACGGCAAAGGAACCAAAUUACAACGCUCGAGAAGAAUUUGGGAUUAUCUGGUGCUCAUUCUGGUUGUUCUGGCUACUUUCAAGGCAGGAUGUUCGCUCGCGACCAUCAUCCUUUUACGCAAGCCCGUCGGGAUUCCAGCUUGGCCAAAACUCAUGACAAAACUUCCAUUUUACAUCCCCCCGGUUUUAACAGCCACCAUUGGCAUCCUCACCGAAUCGUUCUAUCUUCACCGUCUCGUGUCCCUUUUACGCGUCCAAUCCUCUUUUCUUGGCUCUCGCUGGUUUCGAGGGUUUGCCAUCAUCUUGAUUGAAUGUCUAUUCCUCUCAGCUCUCGGUUUAGCCAUCUACUGCACAUAUAUUGCCCUGGAUGGGUGGAACUAUUUUGCUUACUAUCUCAUUGCUCAUAUCUCCACCGCCUGUGUCGGAGAUAUUUUCGUAACCGUACUCACUCUAGUAUGCAUUUUCAGCACAAAGAGCAACCAUCAAUCCGCAGAAAGGCGUUCACGGCUGGCCCAAUUUGCAAGAAUUACGGCCCUGAGUGCCGCCAUUCCUGCCGUCACAGCUCUCGUAAACGUUAUUUGCGUUGCCAUACCCUCGGUGAUGAUCUUGCUCUGGCACAAUGUCCCAAAUUAUGCGUUGGGACAACUCUUUAUUCUCUCUUUCCUAUGGACACUAGAGUUUCGGCAACGUCUUUCCCAGCAAAGCUUUGACAAACCAUCGAGGCGGCUUACAAGUCCUCUCGGCGGUGAUGUCUGGAGACCCACGAAAGAUGAUGCUGUAGAGAGUGAGAUGUUGAAUCACACGUCCAUGUUUGCUCGCACAAUUCCACUUAAUGAUUUUAAUCUCGACCUUGACCGCAAGUCAUCCGUCUCGACCCCAGUCGAAAACAUUGAUCUUACGGGCCCCAAGCCAGUCACUGGACGCCCCAUGCGCGUUGCUAUCAAGCGCACCUCGAAUGAUUGA